AUGCGGGAUGAUAAAGAGAGAUUUCAUUCCCUUUCUUUCUUUCUUUCUUUCUUUCUUUCUUUCUUUAGUUCUCACCAUUCCAUUUCAUUUCUUUCUUUUUUUUUCCUUCGUUCUCUUCAUUUCUUUAUUUAUUUCAUUCUUUCUUUUUUUUCUUUCUUUCUUUCUUUCUUUCUCACUAUUUCAUUUCAUUUCUUACAUUCUUUCUUUCACUCUUUCCUUCUAACCAUUUCAUUUAUUUAUAUAUUUAUUUCUUCAUUUCUUUCUUUCUUUCUUUCUUUUCUUUCUCUCUUUCGUUCUCACUAUUUCAUUUUUUCCUUUCUUCUUUUCUUUCUUUCGUUCUCUCAAUUUUAUUUCAUUUCUUUCUUCCUUUCUUUUAUUCUCGCCAUUCCAUUUCAUUUCUUUCUUUCUUUUUUCCUUCGUUCUCACCCUUUCAUUAUAUUUCUUUCUUACUUCUUUUCUUUUUUUCUUUCGUUGUAUUUCAUUUCAUUUCUUUCUUUCUUUCUUUCUUUAUUUCUUUCUUUCUUUCUUUCUUUAUUUCUUUCUUUCUUUCUUUCCUUGUCACCAUUUUAUUUCAUUUCUUCCUUCCUUUCUUUAAUUCGUUCUCACUAUUUCAUUUCUUUUCAUUUCUUUCUUUCUUUCUUCCGUUCUUCUUUCUUUUCUUUCUUUUUUUAUUUAUUUCUUUCGUUCUCACUAUUUCAGUUUUUGUUUCCUUCCUUCCUUCCUUCCUUCCUCCCUUCCUUCCUUCCUUCCUUCCUUCCUUCCUUUCUUUCUUUUUCUGUCUGUCUCUCUGUCUUUCUUUCUUCCUGUCUUUCUUUCGUUUCCACCAUUUUCUUUCUUUCUUUCUUUCUUUCCCUUUUAUUCUCUUCUUUUCUAUUUCAUAUUUUCUUUCUUCAUAAACGAAAAUCCUUCAAAUCUCUCCUUUUUUGUUGUUGUUGCUCUUCUUCUUAUUCUUCUUCUUCUUCUUCUUCUUCUUCUUCUUCUUCUUUUGAACAAAUUGUCUUACUAAAGUGUAUCAUUGCUUUUACUUUCCUUUCUGUGUGUCACCAUCAAGUCACUCUUUUCAUUAUUCUUUCUCUCUUUUUUCUUGUGCGUCUUCGCCUUUGCGUUUUUCCUUAUUCGUUUCUCCCCAUAUCUCUCUCUCUUUCUCUUUCUCUUUCUCUCUCUCUCUCUCUUUCUCUUUCUCUCUCUCUCUCUUUCAUCUCCCAUCUUGCUAUCUAUCUAUCUAUCUAUCUAUCUAUCUAUCUAUCUAUCUGUCUGUCUGUCUCAAAUCUUUCUUCCUUUCUUUCUUUUUUCUUUCUUUCUUUCUUUCUUUCUUUCUUUCUUUCUUUCUUUCUUACUUGUGUGUCUUCCCCCGCUCUUGCAUAUCUAUUCUAUACUCCCUGUUCUAUCACUAGUGAUUUAUCUAUUCUAUACAGUAUCUAUUCUUUUCUAUAUCUUAUUCUAUCAUUAAUACUCUCUCUAUUUUAUUCUAUACUCCUGCUUUUCUGUCACUAUAUCUAUUUUAUCUAUGCUAUGCUCUAUCUAUUCUAUCAAAUAGUCUCUAUCUAUUCUAUAGUCCAGCUGUUCUAUCCACAAUAUUCUGUUCUCUAUGUCAACGGAGUUGUUAACGAAAAUACAACCGACAUUAUGGCUUCAUUCACCCGCGCCGCCAAAAUCUCUCUCUCUCUCUCUCUCUCUCUCUCUCUCUCUCUCUCUCUCUCUCUCUCUCUGGAGUGA